AGGCAACAAGCAGGAAAUGCAACAUGACUUCAUUUGGAGUGUCGAUUUUUGUUCUGGGACUAUCCUACUUUUUUACUGUUUAUAGCAGGCCGGCAGGUGUCCACCUACGUAACAUGAACAGCUUCAUCCGAGCCGUACAGCAGGUUGAAGACUCUAACCCUGGAAUAUCCCCCUUGGCACUGGUCAGAGCCCUUCGGAGGACCGCAGGCCACGAUGAUGCAAUGACCAUCCAUUUCUUGGGUGCAUCAUAUAAUCUCAGUGAUGCUGAAGUCCUAGAGACGGCCAUUCUCAAUGCCUCAUCCUUUAGCUUUUUUGACAAGGCAAUCCACCACAUUGUGACAGAUCACGGAGAAGAACGAGGGGUCGUCCUCGCUCCAGAUGGCACCACGGUAGCUCUUGCACCCUUACUUCUAGGAAUUGAAUCAGGACUGAAAGCCAAGAUCGAGGGCAAGCCAGCUGUUGGGCUCUUCUCACUCACUUUAGGCAGGACACUGGGUCUGUCCUUCCUCAGCCUGCAGGACUUUCCACCAUCUUAUCGCCUGGGGCCUAACGGGUGUUGGGACAAUGUGGAUUACCCUAAGGUGUUCAAGCUGUCUCAGGCUGCCACUCUGGCCACUGAUGCUCUUAUUAAUGGGGGCAUGGAUGGAGCUAUACUGGGCACGGACCUCAGCAACCUAUCUGCACAUAAACCGUCACAGGCCCUCAGUGACAUUUUGAAAGGGUACUAUAGUUUUAUUCUACAUGAGGGGCAGGGUCUUGAUGCUCUGACCAAACACAUUAGCCCGAGGCGAAGGGAGAUCUCAAAAGCCAUUCUGGAGCCACUCGAUCUUCACAGCCAGGUGAUGGGGACACUAGCAUUAGUCUGGAAGUUAGAGAAGACUGAAUGGAUUGCCUUUGAUACAGGACUGGAAAAGGUGGUGAAGGAUGGAUUGGAGAGAUUUGUGCACAAGUAUUGGGACUGCCCUCAAAUCAUCCCACGUUGUCAGUGGGGGGCAAAAGCAAACCGGGGUACACCUUUGCCACUGUCUCUGCCCCUCCGGUUUCUCUAUGUUCACCACACCUAUGAGCCAUCCUCACCCUGUUUAUCCUUCCCAAACUGCUCCCGUGACAUGAGAUCCAUGCAGCGCUACCACCAGGAAGAUCGUGGUUGGAGCGACAUAGGAUACAGCUUCGUGGUUGGCUCCGAUGGCUACGUCUAUGAAGGCAGAGGUUGGAAACAUCUUGGCACGCACACCAAGGGGCGCAAUGACGUUGGGUAUGGGGUGUCAAUCAUCGGUAACUACACUGCCACCUUGCCAUCCCGCCAUGCUAUGGACCUGUUGCGCCAUCGUCUAGUCCGAUGUGCAGUAGAUGGAGGGGGACUGAUUGCUAACUUCACCCUCCAUGGCCACAGACAGGUGGUGAACUACACCAGCUGCCCUGGAGACGCCUUCUUCUCAGAAAUAAGGACCUGGGAGCACUUCAGAGAUUAACACUCCCAGUUUGAAAUCAUUAAUGGAUCUUCAGGGUAUGAUAACUGUCACUGCUGACUGUUUAUUUUCCCUCAUUUUUGAAAUAAAUCUAUAACUCUGGAGUAGUUUAUCAUUUUAAUGUAGAUGACUCAUUUUCAAAUUCAUUUCUUCCAGCACAGGGUUAAUUUAAAUCAAUGAUGCUUUGAAUUUGGACAAACAAACAUUGAUCUGUCUGGUCGUCCUUACAUGUGAGACACCAGUGGUUUUAAUAAACAUGGGUACUUUGAAGCUCAUUGAGCACUGUCUGUAUGGAAUUCCUCGUUCAUUAAGUCAUCUUGAAAGAAAUAGACCUGUAUUUCACUUUCAGUUUGAUGAUUAAAAAAAAAAA